AUGUCAUAUUGCGUUCGCCUGCAUUUAAAUAAAAAAGAAAGAAGGCCUUUUUUUUCUUUCUUUUUUCUUUCUUUUUAUCUCUCUUUCUUUCUUUCGUUUUUCUUCUGCUUUCUUUCUUUUUCUUACUUUCUCUCAUUCUCUCAUUCUUUCUUUCUUUCUACCUUUUUCUUUCUUUUCUUCUUUAUUAAUUUCUUUUUCUUUCUUUUUUCUCUUUUCAUUCUGUCUUUCUGUUUUCUUUCUUUCCUUCUAUCUUUCCUUCUUUCUUUACUUCUUUCUUUACUUCAUUAUUUCUUUCUUUUUCUCUCUGUCCUUUUCUUUCUUUUUCUUUCUUUCAUUCUUUCUUCCUUUUUCCUUCUUUUUCUUUCUUUCUUUUUUCUUUCUUUUUUUUCAUUCUUUUCCUUCUUUUUUUCUUUCUUUUUUUCUUUCUUUCUUUACUUCUUUCUUUUUCUCUCUUUUCUUUUUCUUUCUUUCUUUCUUUCUUUGUUCGUUUGGUCGUAUUUCAUUGUUUUCCUUAAUUUUCUUUCUUUUUUCUUUCGUAUUUUCUUUUUUUCUUUUACUUGUUUCUCUUCUUUCAUAUUUUCUUUCUUUCGAUAA